CGGGGCUCUGCCCGGAGGAGGUGGUGAAGUUCUGCCCCCCGGAUCUCCGGUUUCCGGCAACUCGUCCGGACCAGAACCUGCGUGGAGAACCUGAGGCCCGAGGCCUCCCGGGACCGGACCGACUGGACGCCGAGCCCCCGCGAGAUAAGGAAACUGAGGCCCUGAGGAGCUCAUAGGCACACAGCGAGAAGCAGCAGAAUCGGGAGUCACACCCAGGCUACAUUUGGUCCUUAAACAGUCGCACAGUGAGUGAGCUUGGAUGGAACCAAUGGACACCCACCCCUCAGAUCUUUGCAAAUUUUCUUCCUGAUAAUUGGGAGAAGACCCAUUGGCUGAAUGGCAGCUGUAGAUGACUUGCAGUUUGAAGAAUUUGGUGAUGCAACCACUUCUCUAGCAGCAAACCCAGAUGCCACUACAAUAAGCAUCGAGGAUCCUGGUGAAACCCCAAAACAUCAGCCAGGACCCCCAAGAGGCUCAGGGAGAGAAGAGGAUGAUGAGUUACUAGGAAAUGAUGACUCUGACAAAACUGAGCUACUUGCUGGACAGAAGAAAAGCUCCCCUUUCUGGACGUUUGAAUACUACCAAACAUUCUUUGAUGUAGACACUUACCAGGUCUUUGACAGAAUAAAAGGGUCUCUUUUGCCAAUACCAGGAAAAAACUUUGUGAGGUUAUAUAUCCGCAGCAAUCCAGAUCUCUAUGGCCCCUUUUGGAUAUGUGCCACACUGGUCUUUGCCAUAGCAAUUAGCGGGAAUCUUUCCAACUUCUUAAUCCAUCUGGGAGAGAAGACAUACCAUUAUGUGCCCGAAUUCCGAAAAGUGUCCAUCGCAGCCACAAUCAUCUAUGCCUAUGCCUGGCUGGUUCCUCUCGCACUCUGGGGUUUCCUCGUGUGGAGAAACAGCAAAGUCAUGAACAUUGUCUCCUAUUCAUUUUUGGAGAUCGUGUGCGUCUAUGGCUAUUCACUCUUCAUUUACAUUCCCACGGCAAUACUGUGGAUCAUCCCCCAGAAAGCCGUCCGUUGGAUUCUAGUCACGAUUGCCCUGGGCAUCUCAGGCUCUGUCUUGGCAAUGACAUUUUGGCCAGCUGUUCGUGAGGACAACCGACGCAUCGCGUUGGCCACCGUUGUGACAAUUGUGUUGCUUCACAUGCUGCUUUCUGUGGGCUGCUUGGCCUACUUCUUUGAUGCACCAGAGAUGGACCACCUCCCAGCAACCACAGCUGCUCCAAACCAGACAGUUGCAGCAGCUAAGUCCCACUAAGGAAGAAAGUGAGACUUUAUAUUUUCAUCUUCUCACUGUGAGUUCUAUUUGAGGGGUUUUGGUGUGGUUCUUUUGGACAUGGGCUUCCACAACAGGGAAGCAGAGUGACCAAAGCCAGCAGGAGAAUGAUGGAAUGAAUGGUCCCAGCCCACAACAUCGGGACGGUGCCCACACUGAAGCCUAGUCACCUGUUUAACAAACAGAAGUUAAAUAUCGUUGAGUACACGUGUCCUUCAGCUGUUCUUUCUCACCUGUGCAUUGUCAUUGUGACUGUGCGCUGAUCUGGAGUGAAGUAUGGGGCAGGUGUCGGCUGCUCCAGUGCCCUGCACUCGCCUCUCACAGUCACGUGGUGUGCUUCGCUCCAGGUUCGCCCUUCAUCCCUGAAAUGGAUCUGUCCUUACUCGGAUGUCUUUUCUCUGGAGUGUGUAUGGAUUACCUAGGUGAUCCUCUGCUCCCUUUUGCAUCCUCAAGUGGCCAAACAGUGUGAACUUUGGUUGGGAUUCAUUGGGAGCCUGAAAAUGUGUCUUUGGUGAUCCGAUACUGGCCAACUGAACCUAAGGGUUGCAAAAUAAAUACCUCACAUUA